AUGCACCACGACCGACAGAAUGGCGCAAUGCCUAUACAGCGCCCAUUCCCGGCGAUGCAGGGUGAGGGCGGCAUACCACUGCGCAUGGCUGCCAGCCCACCCAAGAACAAGAACACACAGCAUGUCCCGUGCAAGUUCUUCCUCCAAGGCCAGUGUCAAGCUGGCCAGAUGUGUCCAUUCUCCCAUGACAUCGAAUCCACCACCAGGCCGGCGCCUUGCAAGUACUUCGCCAAAGGUGGUUGCAAAUUCGGCAGAAAAUGCGCUCUUCUCCACAUCACACAAGACGGCACGGUCGUAAACCGAAUGCCGAUGGCGCCUCCAGCCCAAUACUACCCACCACAACACCCCUCAACCUUCGGCCAAGCACCGCCAGGAUUGUUGUCCAUGCAAGCCCAAGGUCUUGAGCAGAGAUCAAAUGGUGAUGGCCCGCAACCGGAGCUCGAGCACUACCAAUACGCAUCGCGAAAUGGCUAUGACGGACACUCGAUAGACAUGACUUACACAUCAGCCUCGCCGAAGUACGGUUCACCUCCUCAAAACGAGCGAAUGGCGACGUCACCUCCUCAGAAGGGCCUUUCUGUGCUCGAUGCGCCAUUACCGAACUCAUUCGAUAGCAACGGUGUCUCGUACGCAGCUAGAAACGGACCUUUCGCGGCAUCGGUGCCGUCAAAGUGGGACUUUGAGUCUCCUCCUUCCUCUCUGCCUCGAAUGGCGCACCUGGGCAACACAGCACUACGAGAUCUUCACAAUUCCGCAUAUCCCGAACGUGGCAUUAACAAUGUGAUCAACUCCAGCAUGGGCUCGUCACCGCCAAGUGGAAACGAUGAACCUAUCUCGUUUGAGAAGAGACCACUACAUUCGGACCGUCUGCGAGGAUCACGAGCACUCAUGUCCGCUAGCCUCGGAACGAGACCGCCGGUCCACUUCGAAGACUCGGAGGACGAUGGUGAUACUGACGACGAGAAGGAUUUGCUACCAUCCAGCCUGCACGACCUCAUCCCAGACGGAAAGUCGAGGCGGGACUCGAGGCCACGAAACAACGAAGACAACAAACCAGCAUCAUUCCUGGCUGCGCAACGACGCACCAUCUCUCACCAAGGCACACCAUCUGACAGCAAAGCCGGUACGCCCUUCUCCUCAAGCCCAUCACGAUACUCUGGCAUGUUUGCACGGACCGCGAUGCGAGAUGGAGUAGGGCACGUGGGCUCACCGCUUCGAGACUCCUCUUUUCCAACUUCCAACCCUAUCAACAGCUCAACCAACGGCGAACUCAGUCCAAGUGUGAGCAGUCCUCCAAAGCAAGCGAGCAUGAGCAUGCUCACGCAAGAGCUGCAGCGGACGAAGCUCGACGCAGCACGCUCCGUAUCGGGUCCGCAAGCGCCAGUCCCGUCACGCACCUUGUCGAAUGGCUCCACUGGUCGAGCGAGCAUGGACCGCGCCUUGAGUACCAACAGCGUGGGGCAGCGGAUAGAAGAGGAUCAGGAAGUGUUUGACAUGGACUUUGAGCCAAAGUCCAACACGAACGGCGGAUUCGGGCCCGUGGGAGGUGGUCGGACGUCGAAGUGA